AUUAAGAGUGUCCCUUAUUUACAUGUACUAUGUUACUGUAGGUCUACCCGAAUGCAGGUUGGAAACGUUAGGAAGCUAUGAGCAGUUCCUUGGGUUGAUGGGUAGGUAGGCUGCCUAUACCGGACAUAUUCAGGCGUGCAUCACAUGCCCUUCGUAAUAGCAUCGUUUAUUCUCUCUGUCCAUAAUAGCUCUCUCGUGGAUGAAGUCACACUUCUCUCGUGGAUGAAGUCACACUAUGAGUUUACACUUCCUUCCAGUCCGUGACAAUCUGACAAAUAGAUGAGUGGACGACACGCUCUGACAUCAGCAUAGUUUAUUGUACACCGACGGGAACUGUCGGCGGUUGAUUCCACGGGCAUCUGGCAAAGUUUACUAUUCGAGAUCCUCUGUUUUGUUCAUCUCUAGAUAUAAUAAAACCGCGCAAGCGAUGUGGGUUUCAAUUUAAGACCGGUCGAGCUUUCUAUCCCGUAGCUUUCGAAAUCGCCAUUGCUAGGAAGGUUGAACCGCGCACAGAGAUGAAGAGUGGAGACUGGUGCUUCCGGUGUAAAACAGGCUGUCUUUAUGAAAUCCAUCGAGGUGCGGAACUACUGCCGAUUCCUGCUCCCGCUGCAUAUUAGGCAUAUCAUAAUCUAUUGUUAUCCGACAUGAUUUCCCGUACGAGUUGAAACGAAUCCGACAAAAAAAAAAAAAACACACACCUGGAAUAUAACGAAAAGCCGUCUCAACCAGCCUGCUCAGACAUCCACGCUCCAUAUUGCAAAUGUCAGUUUCACUGGAAAUACGUCAGGUCAUUUGAUGGGAUCUUAUUUCUCGCUUAUUAAAACAGAGAAGCCAUUCCCGUGGGGUUUAUUUCAUGGGGAUGUGUUCAAGACAAGAGAGAAUACAAAAAGACGUCAACAUCGUAAUUCAAAGGAGCAAGGCAGAGAAAGACUGCCUUUUCUCUGAUUUCAGAUAUACUGACGCCACCUUCACCUUCACUUAUUCCAAAGGCUCCAGAAGGGUGUCCUACUCUGUGCACGUCUCUGACGACUACCCAGACAACACAUACGUGUCAAACUCUGAAAACGAGGAUGAAGUUCUAGUAACCAGAGACCCGAUCCCCGUCAUCUUCCACAGAAUCUCAACGGAGAUUACGAUCAACAGUGACGCCAGCUGCUGCCUGUCCAUCAAGACAAAACUUCAGUUAGACAAAAACCAGUGCCACUAUGCCAUAGAGGAGGACUCUGAGGGGGAUGCUGACUCUGAGGAGUUUUACUAUGGAGGUCAGGUGAACUACGAUGGCGAGCUCCACAAGCACCCCCAGUUGGAGGCAGACCUGGCGGCGGUCCGGGAGAUGUACGGACAUCACGCAGUAUCUCUCAGGGAAUACGGUGCGAUUGAUGACGUGGACAUUGAUCUGCACAUCGACGUCAGUUUCCUAGAUGAGGAAAUAGCCCUGGCGUGGGACGUGAUCCGCAGGGAGCCGGUGAUCGUGCGUCUUCACUGCUCUCUGACACAGUACCUGAAUGGACCAGUCCCCACUGUGGACGUGUUCCAGGCAUCGACUAAGGACCGGUUUGGACUGGGACAUCAGUUGAAGAAGAUAAUGCAGACAUUUGUCACCCAGCAGUGGAAACACCAAAGUGAAGAGAAGCUCAACUCUCUUCACAACAAAAACAAGAACAAGAAGAAGGUCAAAUCUCCCCUCCACAUCUUCUCAACCCUCCGCAGAUCUCCCAGCUACCCGCCUCCUGGCUGUGUCAAGAGCAAGAAGAAUCUGAAGCCGGAACAAGAUGGCGUCUCUAAAUCCCACCGUCUCCUCGGCCAGACCUGCUCCAGCACCGUUAAACAGCAGGUUGAAGCGGAGGUCCCUGGAACUAAGACCACCCACCGUCUCCUCGGCCAGUCCCUGUCUAGCACAGACCCCCGUUUGGACCACGGAGGAGGGCCCUGUCCCGGACCCUUGCCCCUCAAACCCCGUCGCAUUCUGGGCAGGCCCUGCUCGGCUUUGGUCAAACCAGAGGACCUCCGCCCCACUCCCCACAAGCUCUUGCCCCGACUGUGCUCCGGCGACCCCCGCUGUGAGCCCGCUGGUGGGGGAGGAGGUAGUCUUGGAGGAGGUUUGAAGCACCACAGGCUGCUCAGUAGGUCGUGCUCUGGUUCUAUCAGGACGGAGGAAUUAGAUGGACUGAAACACCACCAUCACCUCCUCAGCAGGUCCUACUCCAGCAGUACCAAGAUGGGCAAAGCAGCGGACAUCUUCAAGGACUCUAUGUCUCCGUCCGAGGGGAGGCGCCUCUCUCUUACCUCAGGGCUCAUCGGGAUCCUCGCCCCCUCGCUCGCCACGCCCCCACCGCCAAACAAUGGGGCCAAGUCCAUUCCGAUAAGAGACAGAGGCUUCCUUGUCCAGACCAUGGAAUAUGCUGAGCAGAGAACUCCGGUCCUGAAUGAGUUCUGUGUGGUGUGUGACGAACCACAUGUGUUCCAGAACGGACCCAUGCUCCGACCCACGGUGUGUGAGCGAGAACUGUGUGUGUUUGCCUUUCAAACACUGGGGGUGAUGAACGAGGCAGCCGACGAGAUCGCCACAGGAGCUCAGGUGGUGGACCUGUUGGUGUCCAUGUGUAGGUCUGCUCUCGAGUCUCCCAGGAAAGUGGUCAUCUUUGAGCCAUAUCCCUCCGUGGUGGAUCCGUGUGACUCCCAGGCACUGGCCUUCAACCCCCGGAAAAAGGAUUAUGACCGAGUGAUGAGAGCCCUUGACAGCCUUACCUCUAUCAGAGAAAUGUCCCAGAAGAGUAUUGUUUCUCUACAGGCACCUUACCUUGAGGUCAAGAGGCAGAUGGACAAGCAUGAUCCUUUAGCUCACCCCUUACUGACAUGGGUAAUAUCCAGUAACAGGUCACACAUCGUCAAACUUCCAGUUACCAGACAGCUGAAGUUCAUGCACACCCCACACCAGUUCCUCCUACUUAACAGUCCUCCUGCCAAAGAGUCCAACUUCCGAGCUGCCAAAAACCUCUUCGGAAGUACCUUCGCUUUCCAUGGUUCUCACAUAGAGAAUUGGCACUCCAUUUUGAGAAACGGUUUGGUGGUUGCAUCCAACACAAGACUUCAGCUCCAUGGCGCCAUCUAUGGGAGUGGAAUCUAUCUCAGCCCAAUGUCAAGCAUAUCCUUUGGUUACUCAGGGAUGAACAAAAAGCAACAGAAGGUUGCUUCAAAGGACCAAACUGCGACAAACAAGACCAACUUACAUUUGCAGUCAACAAAGAAAGGACAGCAGCCCCAGUUUUUGCAAAGUCGGAACCUAAAGUGCAUAGCCUUAUGUGAAGUCAUCACGUCCCCUGACCUGCACAAACAUGGAGACAUCUGGGUCGUCCCAAACACCGACCACGUCUGUACACGCUUCUUCUUCGUCUAUGAAGAUGGUCAGGUGGGAGAUACAAGCAUCAACACACAAGACGCUGGCAUCCAUCGAGAGAUCCUACGAGUCAUCGGCAAUCAGACUGCCACGGGAUGAACCUCGCUGAAACGGAAAUAUCCUUCCCGUAAUUCUGCUGCCGCCACCUCCCGGCUCAAAGCUGCUGAAGCCCGUCGUAAACACGUGUGUUUCCGACCAAUGUAGAGAACACACCAACAACUUAGCAAAAGUUUGAAAUCUUCAAGGAAACCUUGAUGAAAUCAACAACACAUAUUUACAACUGAAACACAGCAAAACUCUUUCGGGAAGAACACAUUUUGCUAAGACUAUGAAGAAUCCUGUUUUUCUGAAGACACGGUACGUCUCUGUUUGACUGAUUGGGACGACUUCGUUUUUUUUUAUAGAGAACAUUUAAAAACGGUUAAACUCUUUGGUGAAUAUUUUGAGACUUCUCGCUCGUAGAUGUGGGACCUUUUCAGCAAAAAUAACGAUUAUUGUUCCCUUCCUGUCUAGCAAAAAGGUCCCAUCUAUCUGACCUUAUUUACUGUAAAAGAGUUGUAUCUUUUCAAAAUACAAUGUACUUUAUGUAUACUGGAGGUGUUAAUAUGCACUUCAUUUUUCUUAAUGUCAUACAUUUGUUCUAACAACUGAGUCAUAAACUAAAAAGCCCCC